GUUAAAGAAAAUAAAUUAAAGUAAUAAACAUAUAUUUUGAUUAAUAAGUACAAAGAAAAGAGAAAUGUUUAAAAAAUUAAUGUAAAGCACAUUUAAAAAGGUUUCUGACCCUAAAUUGACAAGUCAAUUUAUGAAAUAUAACUUCACCCAACCUAAUAACCAUAUUAAAUAGAAAUAAUCUAGUUUGAUUCCUGUCUAAAAUAAGAGUUUUAAAGUAUGUGAAAUUGAUUAUCAAGUAGAUGAUACACCUAAGUAAUCAGUAGCCGAUACAUCCGAUUAAUAUUGCAAGGAAACUAGUGAAUAAAAGGUUAUUGAUGAAUAAAGCCAAACGACAGUAAACUAAGUUGAAACAAAAACAGCAUCUACUACUACUGCUAACACUAAUUCUAGUAAUAUCACAACAAAUAAUACAACCGCAAAUACAGCUUAGUUAAGCUAAGUAGAAAAAAGUAAAGUUCAUGAAAUUAAAUACUACGAAGAAUUAGAAGAAUUUUUAAACUCUUCACUCUAAUCUCAUUAGGUUCUCCAUAUUAAUCUUAGUAACUAAUUCUAUGACGAUAAACGUUUAUAAGACUUAUUUUCUGCUUUAGCAAAUUGCACUAAUCUUACAAAUUUGACACUUAGACUUGGUUUAUAUUAUGUUAGUCUUCUUGGUGAAUUUGAAGCAUUUCGUGGAAUUGGUGCAGUUGGUAUAUCAAGCUUAGGUUCUGCUUUAGCAAAUUGCACUAAACUCACAAAUUUGACACUUGUACUUGAUGGUAAUUAAAUUGGUGAUGAAGGUGCAUCCAGUUUAGGUUCUGCUUUAGAAAAGUGCACUAAUCUCACAAAUUUGACACUUAGCCUUCAGUAUAAUAAAAUUGGCGAUUAAGGUGCAUCAAGCUUAAGUUCUGCUUUUAAAAAUUGCACUAAUCUCUUAAAUUUGUCCCUUAAACUAACAUUAAAUUAAAUUGGUGACAUAGGUGUAUUAGGCUUAGCUUCUGCUUUAGGAAAUUGCAUUAAUCUCUCAGAUUUGGAACUUAUCCUUGAAGAUAAUAAAAUUGGUGCAGUUGGUGCAUCAGGCUUAAGUUCUGCUUUAGCAAAUUGCACUAAUCUCUCAAAUUUGAAACUUAACCUUAAUUCGAAUACAAUUGGUGAUGAAGGUGCAUCCAGUUUAUGUUCUCUUUUAACAAAUUGCACUAAUCUCUCAAAUUUGGCACUAACACUUUAUGAUAAUUAAAUUGGCGCUGUUGGUGCAUCAGGCAUAGGCUUUGGUUUAGGGAAUUGCACUAAUCUCUCAAAUUUGAGACUUAACCUUUAUAAAAAUUAAAUUGGUGAUGAAGGUGCAUCAGACUUAGGCUCUGGUUUAGGGAAUUGCACUAAUCUCUCAAAUGUUGAUAUAUCCCUUAAGUAAAAACACAGAGAAUUUACAAUCGGAGCAUUUUUAGAUCAGUAAGCAGAAAAAAACCUCUCUGCCUGCUAUUUUUUCGCCUUCCAAGUAUUUUCCUUGGAGGGCUACUUUUUUAUACUUUUUAAAAAACAUUUUUAACAAAUUUUUAAUAAGGGAUAAAAAACUGGAUAAAAAACCGGAUAAAAAACCGAAUAAAAAACCGAAUAAAUAAGGUAAAAAACAUAGUAGGACCAAAAUUAAUUUGGAAUUAAUACUAUAAAAGAUUAUGAAGAAUAAUCUGAAAGAGAGACUAAAAAAUAAAAAGCACUUAAAUAAAAUAUGUAGGAUAUUUAGAAACUUUCUGGCAGAGUAGAAUUUAUAGAAUGGAUAUAAUAGAAAAAUAUUAAAUUCAUGAUAGCUUAAUUUAAAUUCUUUACUAAUGAGAAAUUCAAUCGCAAAUAGGAAGCAAAGGAAAUUCUCAAAAAAUUAUGCAAGAGUAAUCAUUCAUUGUAAUCUACAUAAAAAUUAGAUCUCGAUUUAGUAUCUUAAGAAGUUGAGAAUACUGAAAAAACAAUAGCUGAAUUAAUAGAUAAAUUGAAAAAAGGGAAAGAAAUAUAAGGAGAGAAAGAAUUAAAUUAGGAAUAUACAAAAUACUUUGGGUUGAAAAAUAAGCUCAUGUUUGAAUUCAUAAGUAGAUAUUUUGUUAUGUUUGGAAAACAAAUUAAUUAAUGCCACGAUUAUUUUGGUUAUAGUUGCGAUGAAACAAAUUAAUAUUUGAGAUAAUAUGUCUUUUGUCUUAUAGAAAGAUUAUAAUUUGUUUUCUGUUAUUUAAACGAUACAAUUUAGAUUGAUACCAGAUUUAAAGUUGCUCAUGAUUUUGAUUAAGAAGAAUUUUAAAUCCCUUAGAAUUGGUAGGUACAAAAAGAUUAUAGAAAAAUAUAUUAUCAAAUAAUAUUCACUAUAAAUUUCUAAGAAGAAAAAGAAAUACCUAAAUAGAAAUCUAAUGUAGAUAAAUCCGUUGUAGAUAAAUCCGUUGUAGAUGGCUCCGAUGUAGAAGAAUCUAAAGAAUAGGUUAGCGAGGCGGAAAAUAUACCUACAGAUUAAAUUCCUGUGACAGAAAUACCUAUAGAGACAUCUAAUGUAGAGGAAUCUAAAAAUGAUGAAAAAUAUGUAUUUUCUUAACCAAAUACUAUGUGCUUACUUUUGACAGAUGAUCUUAAAUUUAAAGAAAGUUUAGAAGAUUACAAAAUAUAAGAUCAUCUUUCCAAUGAACUGAAGACUAUACUUUAAAAUAAUGAUGUUGAAUUUUCUCCUUUCAAAGGCAAAGAAAAAGUAGAAAUAAAUUCUUUAUAUGACAAUGAAGGCAACUUAGUCAUAAGAUACACUACAGAAGAUUUCAUAAUGAAACAUACUGUAAUAAUUAGCGAAUCAGCUGAAAAACAAUUAAAAAAAAAAUGA